AUGGAAUUUAUAGCAGGGAUUUUCGCAGGGAUUUCUGUAACUCUAUCAGGACAUCCUCUUGAGUAACUUCUAUUUCAGUACAAUAAAAGUCCGAAUGCAAGCUGGGCACGUUCAUAGCUUAUCUCAAUGCAUAUUAAAAAGUUAUAGGGCUGACGGAUUUCGAGGUUUCUAUUAUGGAAUAUCAUCCCCUUUAUGCUCAAUCCCUCUUGUGAAUGCUGUCGUUUUUGGCAGCUACUCCCAAGCUGCCGCUUAUCUCGGUAAUGACAACACAAAUAUAUGAAACGGCAUUUUGGCAGGGUCUUAUGCAGGUCUUGUUAACACAACUGUAGUUACACCUGUUGAACUAAUUAAAUGCAGGAUGCAGGCUCAGUCCCACAACAGUGAGAUUGGUACUGAAAUGAAAUACAAAAAUAGCAUUGACUGUGUCAAAAAAAUAGUAAAAGAACAAGGAAUCAGGGGACUUUACGUUGGAAAUGUCGCAUCAAUAUAUCGAGAAAUCCCAGGAUAUGCAGCAAAUUUUGUUGCAUAUGAAUAUGCGAAGGAAAGCUAUAGGAAGCUCAGUGGGAAAGACACAGUGCCCACCUGGGCUUUGUUUAUAUCUGGGAUGUGGGCUGGCUUUAACUGCUGGUUUUGGAGCUACCCACAAGACGUAAUAAAAACAAAGCUACAAGUUGGGUUUCCUAUAGAAAGAGGCUGGGAUGGAGGCUUUUAUAUGAUGGCCAAGCUUAUUUAUAAAGAAGAAGGCUGGAGGGGUUUUUGGGUCGGCUUUUCAGCUUGCACAAUUAGAUCGACAAUCCCGAAUGGCUUUGGAUUUUUAGCUUACGAGCUCGCCUAUGAAAUUAUAACAAGACAUUGGGUGAGGGAGCCUCAUCUUGUGAACCAUUAA